AUGCUUGGUUGCACAGAAGAACCAAAUUUAGAAGAUCCAACGAAAAAAAGAUUCAUCAUUUUUGGAUUGCCGUUCUCGGGGAAAACAUCCAUAAUUUACUUCUUCAAGUUGGGCUACCUCAUAACAACGGUAAGAACACUCUUCAUCAACGAAGAAAGUUUCAGCGUGAAAAUUAAAACGGACAAAAACAGACUGGGCGAAAGGAAUUACGAAAUAACCUUCUUCGAGGUAGGAACGGAUUGCUCAUACAGCUUAAUAAAAGAAUAUGCAGACGUUUCAAAUGACGUGAUCUAUAUUGUCGACAGUGCACACAAAAGUGCCCUAAGUGAGGCCAGAGAAGAAUUCAUCAGAAUUAUAUAUGAUUUUCGAUUUGUGUAUAGAAAAUGUAAAUUCUUAAUUUUUAUGAAUAAGCAAGAUUCGAAUGGCUGCCUCCCGUCAGAGGAAAUUAUAAAUUAUUUCGCCCUUCCAAAGGAGUUGCACUUUAGGUGUAAAUUCUUUUCUUGUAGCACCUUAUCUGGUCAGGGACUUAAAGAGGGCUUAGAAUGGCUGGUGAACACGAACGUUUUUGUUGACAAAAAUGAUGAUACCGUUGAAAGGAGUGGUGGAACAUUUUGCAACUACUAG